AUCCAAAUUUAUUAAAAAUAAUAAUAUUAAACUAUAAUUUUUCUUUCCCUUUUUUCCCCUUGAUUACAUAAUUAGUCCUAUCUAGUGUUUGUCUAUAUUUACUAAUCCAUAUCGCCGCCUUACAACGAAAACCAAUUAAAUCGAAAUUUUGUCAAAAAUUACUUAUGAAUGCCAAAGUACUUAAAAUUUUGUGCUUUUACGUCUGCGAAAACCCAUUAAUCGCUAAGUCUUAUAGUUUCGCUGCUAGCUAAUAAGAAAACCAAUUAACUAUUUGAAGCAUUUCAAACGACUGUUUUCAAAUACAAAACAUUAAGCAGAUGUAACUUGACUGCCGACAUAUUUGUCUCCAAUGAUUAUCAGUUAAUCUGAUAAAGUUGUUUUUCUUCAGGGAAAGCAUAUGAAAUACUCUAUUUUUCACUCAGUAACAACCAUUUACUAAGGUUUAAAUCUCCAUACUAGAUUAAAAUGGUCAAAUAAAAGCUAUUAAAACAGUUUAAUUGAUUAUAGCUGACGAAUUCCAUUUUAACAAUACAAUCUAAUCGUCUAAGAAAAUAAUGUAUAUCCAAAUAAUGGUUUUUCUCUGAUGAUACUUAUUCACGGCUGCAACCUAAUCACUACAGCAAAAAACGAUUAAAUCAGUUUAGUUCCGUGUCACUGGCGCUAGUGUAGAACUUUCGUCCAUUUGCAUUUGCAACAAGUGCGCUGGCGUCUUGCGGAAAAAGUUAAUUUUCAAGUUUUUAAUUGUAUUUGAAGUUUGAUUCAUUAAAAUGAGCUCAAAUUGUAUCAAGGAACUGGACUUUGAUCGUGGAAAAGAAAAACAAGAAAUAGAAUGUUUAGCUGACAGCGAUGAGGACGAUCUUUUGUCUCAAGCAUAUGAAGACUUUUUAUUAAAAGACGGCAGCAAUGAAACUGCAUCUAGAGAUCAAACUAAUGAUGCGGACUCAAUAUUCAAAGAGAACUUUGAUUUAAUAACACUAGAAGACUUAGUUGGACCUUCCUUUAAGACUUGUAAAGAGACCUUGCCUACUAAAAAUAAAACAUUAGUUCAAACUAACAAUGAGGAAUCAAUAUGCAAGGAGAACAUGGAGGACUUUGACAUGACACAAGAUUUACUUUUACCUUCCAACAAUGAUGUACAGCAAAGUUUUAUUGUAGUGAAGACUUUGAGAGAUCUAUCUUUGGAGGCUAUAAAUAAAGAAAAUUUGAACACAGCAGAUAACGAAGAGUUCCUUGAAUCUUCUGUAAUUGCGACGAUAAUUUUAAUGGACAUUUUUGAUAAAGCGUGUAAAAGAGCUAAGCAAUUAAAACGUUGGAGAAUUCCUAAUCCUGCUUCAUGGAAAGUUAAUGUUGCAAAAAAAAGACGCGCUGAAGGGUCCGUUUAUGCUAUCAAAAAUAAAAUUAGACCUGCAAAGGUACCUAAAAAAAUUGAUUGCUCGAAAUGCUCUCAUCAAUGUUCAAAAAAGAUCAACGAAGAUAUUAGACAUCAAAUUUGUAGAAAAUAUUGGAACUUAGAUUUCAUUGCCCAAAAAAAUUUCAUAUUAGCUAAUGUUGCAGUGAAAAAUACGAAAACGUUGUCGCUUGAAAGAAAAAGAAAAACUGCAAGGGCAUAUUCUACGCAAUGUUCUUUUGAAAUAGAAAAUGAAAGGCUCAAUGUUUGCCAAAAGUUUUUUUACAGUACCCUGUGUAUCAGCCAAAGUGUAAUACAAAAUGCUGUAAAAAAUAAAGAUUUUGUUGGACAAUACAGUAAAGAUAAAGACCCUCGUGGAAUGUGCGGUGCACAUAAUAAGACACCUCCUGAAAAAGUUCAAGAGGUUCAUAACCACAUUCGAUCGUUUCCAUCCAUGGAGAGUCAUUAUGUAAGAAAGGAAUCUAAACGUCAAUAUUUGGAUAGGAAACUGUCUAUUGCCAAGAUGUACAGUCUUUAUGUUGACGAAUGUAAAAAGAAAAACAGUAGACCCGUAUCUGAGAUAACAUAUCGAAGAAUUUUUUGCAAAGAUUUCAAUUUGGGAUUCUUCAAGCCGAAAAAGGACCAAUGUGUGAUUUGCACUAAAUAUGCACGAAGCGAUUCUAAAGAUAAACGGGAACUCAAAAAAGAAUAUGCAGAGCACAAUGCCAGGAAAGAGGCUUGUAAUAAAGAAAAGGAAAAUGAUAAGAUAAGAGCCGGUGAUAAUAAGGAUUUUUUAUCUGCUUCUUUUGAUUUACAAGCCAUACUUCAGAUACCUAGUGGAGACAUCGGUCUUCUAUAUUACAUGCGUAAAUUAACUGUAUAUAAUUUGACAGUAUACGAGAGUGCUCUUCCAAACAAUGCAUAUUGUUUCACUUGGUCAGAAGUAAAUGGAAAAAAAGGUAGCGCGGAAAUAGGUACUAUUUUAUACCACUACUUAUCGAAUUGCAUUCCAAAUUCUGUGACUGAAGUAAGCCUAUUUUCUGAUACCUGUGGCGGGCAGAAUCGGAAUAAGAACGUAGCGGCAAUUCUACUCUGGGCAGUUCAAAAAAUAGAAAACUUGCAAAUCAUUGAACAAAAAUUCAUUGAAAGUGGACAUUCACACAUGGAGGCAGACUCUAUGCAUAGCGCCAUCGAGACGGAACAAAAAUAUACAGAUAUCUAUUCUAUGCCAGAUUGGAUAAAUGUAUUUAAGAAAGCAAGAUCAAAAAAUAUAUAUAAGAAAGACAAUAAGAAAGUUGUUAAGAACCCAUACGUUGUGAAAGAAUUUAAAUAUGAUGAGUUCAAAGAUUUAAAAGAUCUGUCUGAUAAAAUUUUGUUAAAUACAAAAAAAGACACAGAAGGAAAGCUAGUUAAGUGGUUAAAGAUUAAGCGACUGAAAUAUAUUAAAGGAGAAAACAAAAUAUUCUAUAAUUACGAUAUGUCAGAGAAUUUUUCUACAAUUGAUGUUACCAAAAAAAAUGAAAGAAAAGGAAGUAAAGCCAGUGAAAACUUCGAUUCUGAACAACAAAGAGAACACAAUUACGGAACAAGAAAUAAAAAGAAAAGGACUGUGGAAGAGGUGGCAGUGUCCGUGAUUUCUGAAAGAUUGGAAAUCAGUGAAGUGCAAUAUUUUCCUGAUAAACUAUUGCAACUCUACAAAAAGCCUUUAUCUAUAAGUGUUGCAAAAAAAAAAGAUUUGCUGCAAUUAUGCAGCAAAGGUGUCAUACCAGAGGAGUACCAUCCCUGGUUCAACAAUUUGAAUAGCGAUGUUGUUUGUAAAGACAGGGUACCUGAUUGCACAGUCUCUGAUGACGAACCUACGAUAUCUUCGGAUGAUGACUAACAACAACCCAAUUCAAAAUAGUUUAUUUUUGUUCCUAUCCUAUUUUAUUUUAGGUAUUUUAUUUUUACUGUCUUAAUUAUCUUAAUUUAAUUUUGAUUAUAAUUGUAAUUACAUACAUGUUUUACCUAAUUAGAAGAUGAAAAUGCUUAGUCAUAAACAAAUGACAUAAUUGUGUUUAGAAUUUAAGCUUAUCAAAGUAAAAAAACCCUUGUUUGAUUUUCUAAUUUGAUUAUGAUUAUUAUUUCAAUUACUUACCUAUUCUCGCUACUCAGAAUAUGAAAGUGCUUAAUGUUACUAUAAACAUUGAAGUAAUAAAAUAUUUUAUUUCGAUUUUGGAGGUGAUUGCCA